GAAUUCCUGCAGCGUCUUAAUCCCGCUCUGGUUCUGGUUCUGGUUCGGUUGGACCCGGAUCCUCCGACCCGCUUCCAAACAGAGUCUCUUUCUGAUCCACGGUCCCGGCUCUGCGUGGCUGCGUGGCGCCGCGACCCCUGAUGGUGCCCGCGGUCCGGUCACAGUGGCUCGAGCUGCGUUCGCUGCUCGGACGCGCCACGCGGUGAUUUUCCACGCGGGGAUCAUGAUGGCUGGUCCGACAGAGGCGGGAUCGGUUCGAAAGGUUCUGUAAGGGAUCCGCAAUGACUUCCAGCCGCGCUUUGCCCCGCGCCGUUCCCACCCCAACCCGAAAGAAAAGCACGCGCCCUCGGUUCGAUGCGCACGAGAAGACGUCGUGUCCCCAGAACCGCUGAUCCGACUGAGAGUCCGGAGGAGCAGGAGGAGAGGAGAGACUGAGACAGGCGAUCGGAGCUGAGAGGCGGUGAUGGAGCUGUCGGAGGUGCGCUGCUCCAGCGCGAGCGAGGAGCUGUACAUCAACAAGACGCCGAGCAGCAGCGGCAACAGCAGCGGCAGCGGCAGCGCGCGGCCCAAGCGGCUGCUGUGGCAGAACGCGGUGCGGCACAUCACCGAGCAGCGCUUCAUCCACGAGCAGGGCGGCGGCGGCGGCGGGGGGACGAAAGACGACCCCUUCGACCCGAUCCAGGGCGCGCGGAAGCAGUCCGCGGGCCGGACGUCGGUGGGGGACCGGCACAACAACGGCGGGACCAAAGUGUUCCCCGAGCGCGCGAGCAGCGACCUGGGUUUCCUGCAGAUCGACUGCGCGCCCAGCAACUCGGACUUCUUCCUGAACUGGGGCUACACGUACCGGGGCGUGAUUUUCCCCACGCUGCGGAACGCCUUCAAGUCGCGCGACCUGGAGCGGCUCUACCAGCGCUACUUCCUGGGCCAGCGGCGGAAGUCCGUGGUGGUGAUGAACAUCCUGGACGUGGUGACCAAGCUCACCCUGCUGGUGCUGCACCUCACCCUGGCCUCCACCCCCAUGGACCCCAUCAAGGGCACGCUGCUGGGCUUCUUCACCGGCAUAGAGGUGGUCAUUUGUGCCUUAGUGGUGGUGCGGAAGGACACCACCUCGCACAGCUACCUGCAGUACAGCGGCGUGGUCACCUGGGUGGCCAUGGCCACGCAGAUCCUGGCGGCCGGCCUGGGCUACGGGCUGCUGGGGGACGGCGUGGGCUACGUCCUGUUCACGCUGUUCGCCACCUACAGCAUGCUGCCGCUGCCGCUCACCUGGGCCAUCCUGGCCGGCCUCUUCACCUCCGGGCUGCACAUCCUGGUCCAGCUGCUCAUCUCGGAGAGCGCGCGCUUCUUCACCAACCAGGUGGCGGCGCAGGCCGUGCUCUUCCUGUGCAUGAACACCGCCGGGAUCUUCAUCAGCUACCUGUCCGACCGGGCCCAGCGCCAGGCCUUCCUCGAGACGCGGCGCUGCAUCGAAGCUCGCCUCAGACUCGAGACGGAGAACCAGAGACAGGAACGGCUGGUGUUAUCCGUGCUGCCACGUUUUGUAGUUUUGGAAAUGAUCAACGACAUGACAAAUGUAGAGGACGAACACCUCCAGCACCAGUUCCACAGAAUUUACAUCCACCGCUACGAGAAUGUCAGCAUUCUUUUCGCAGAUGUUAAAGGAUUCACCAACCUCUCCACCACGCUGUCCGCCCAGGAGCUGGUACGAAUGUUGAAUGAACUCUUUGCACGUUUCGACCGUCUGGCUCACGAGCAUCACUGUCUGCGCAUCAAGAUCCUGGGAGACUGUUACUACUGCGUGUCUGGGCUGCCGGAGCCCAGACCGGACCACGCCCACUGCUGCGUGGAGAUGGGACUGAGCAUGCUCAAAACCAUCAGAUACGUCCGAUCUCGUACGAAACACGACAUCGACAUGCGGAUCGGGAUCCACUCCGGCUCGGUGCUGUGCGGCGUUCUGGGCCUCAGGAAGUGGCAGUUUGACGUCUGGUCCUGGGACGUGGACAUCGCCAACAAGCUGGAGUCCGGAGGCAUCCCCGGGCGGAUCCACAUCUCCAAAGCCGCUCUGGAUUGUCUGAACGGCGACUACGAGGUGGAGGAGGGUCACGGCAAGGACCGCAACGACUUCCUGCGGCGCCACAACAUCGAGACGUACCUGAUCAAGCAGCCGGAGGAGAGCCUGCUCACGCUGCCGGAGGACAUCAUGAAGGAGGCGGCGAGCUCGGCCGACCGCCGGGCCAGCAGCGCCACCUUCAACGAGGCGUCCUGGAGCCCCGAGCUGCCCUUCGACAACAUCGUGGGAAACCAGAAUACUCUGGCUGCCCUAACGAGAAAUUCGAUAAAUCUGCUUCCAAACCAUCUUGCACAAGCUUUGCAUGUCCACUCUGGUCCUGAGGAAAUUAACAAGCGAAUAGAGAGUGCCAUCGACUUACGGAGUGGCGAUAAGUUGAGAAGAGAGCAUAUCAAGCCUUUCUCACUGAUGUUUAAAGACUCCAGCCUGGAAGAGAAGUACUCACAGAUGAGGGACGAGGUUUUCAAGUCCAACCUGGUCUGCGCCUUCAUCGUGCUCAUCUUCAUCACGGCUAUUCAAAGCCUGCUGCCCUCUGCCAGAAUGGUGACGAUGGUGAUCCAGUUCUCGGUCCUCAUCGUUCUCCACUCCUGUCUGGUUCUGGUCACGACGGCGGAGGACUACAAGUGUCUGCCUCUGGUUCUGAGGAAAGCCUGCUGCUGGAUCAACGAGACGUACGCGGCGCGGAACGUCAUCAUCUUCGUCUCCAUCCUCAUCAACUUUCUCGCCGCAAUGAUCAACAUUCUGUGGUGCGACUUCGACAAGUCCAACACCUUCAGGAACCAGACGUACAACGAGUCUGCCUCCAUCCCGGACAUCUGCUUCUACCCAGAGUACUUCGUGUUCACGGGCGUCCUGGCCAUGGUCACCUGCGCCGUGUUCCUGCGGCUCAACUCGGUGCUGAAGCUGGCCGUGCUGCUGCUGAUGAUCGCCAUCUACUCCCUGCUGACCGAAGCCUUCUACACCUCGCUGUUUGUGCGCUACGACACCGUGCACCACAACACGGAAAACUUCCUGGGAACCAAAGAGACGUCUCUGCUGCUGAUGGCCAUGUUCCUCCUCGCCGUGUUUUACCACGGUCAGCAGCUGGAGUACACGGCCCGGCUGGACUUCCUGUGGCGCGUUCAGGCCAAGGAGGAGAUCAACGAGAUGAAGGAGCUGCGGGAACACAACGAGAACAUGCUGAGGAACAUCCUGCCCAGCCACGUGGCCCGACACUUCCUGGAGAAGGACCGCGACAACGAGGAGCUGUACUCCCAGUCCUACGACUCGGUGGGCGUGAUGUUCGCCUCCAUCCCCGGCUUCGCCGACUUUUACUCCCAGACUGAGAUGAACAACCAGGGAGUCGAGUGUCUGCGGCUGCUCAACGAAAUCAUCGCCGACUUCGACGAGCUGCUCGGUGAAGACCGUUUCCAGGACAUCGAGAAGAUCAAGACGAUCGGCAGCACCUACAUGGCCGUCUCUGGUCUGUCGCCCGAGAAACAGCAAUGUGAAGAUAAAUGGGGUCACCUUUGCGCCCUGGCCGACUUCGCCAUCGCCCUGAACGAGAGCAUCCAGGAGAUCAAUAAACAUUCCUUCAACAACUUCGAGCUGCGGAUCGGAAUGGCUCACGGCUCGGUGGUGGCCGGCGUGAUCGGCGCCAAGAAGCCGCAGUACGACAUCUGGGGGAAGACGGUGAACCUGGCCAGCCGCAUGGACAGCACCGGCGUGAGCGGCAAGAUCCAGGUUCCCGAGGAAACCUUCCUCAUCCUGAAGGAGCGAGGCUUCGCCUUCGAGUACCGCGGCGAGAUCUACGUCAAGGGCAUCAGCGAGCAGGAGGGCAAAAUCCGAACUCACUUCCUGCUGGGCCGGGUGCAGCCCAACCCGCUCAUCCUGCAGCCGCGCAAAAUCACGGGCCAGUACUCUCUGGCGGCCGUGGUGCUGGGCCUGGUGCAGUCGCUCAACCGGCAGAAGCAGAAGCAGAUUCUCAACGAGAACAACAACUCGGGCAUCAUGAAGGGCCACCACCACUACAACCGCAGGACGUUGUUGGCGGCCGGCGGCGCCGAGGUGGGCGGCGGCCAUCACGCCGAAGCGCCGGAUAAGACGGAUCUGUCCUGAGGCGCCCGGCAGAGUUUGGGCUCCGCGCUGAUUCCUUACAGGCAGAACUGCUCCGAAGGCCCAGAUCCCGUCUGUGGCUGCGUUAAAUCCUGGUGGGUGAAGCGUCCGAUCAUCGGCCUGAAACCGACCCAUAUCUGGAAACAAGGAGGCAAAUAUUGUUAAACUUUGGCUGAUUUCUCAGAGUCAUGGGGAGAAACGAAAGUUUCCAUCAGAGUUGAAUGAUCAGGGAGAGCUGAUCACAUCCUGAUCAUGUCCAUUGAGUGAGCAGAAACGCAUCUAGACGAACAACAACUGGCAGUUUGUUGAUCUGCAGCUGUGAGCUGAUGUUAUGCUGACCGACGGUCUGGGGAGUGUCAUGAGGCAGAGCCGUUAGACGGCCUCCUUCAAAAACUGACAGUAAAAUAUCUUCUGUGAAACAGGUUUACAGUCCAUCCAGCAACAGACAACCUGCAGACGGGAAACAGGUCAGAGGAAACAAACAUGGCCGACCAGAAACAGCGGCGAUAGAUUAUGGAUUAUGUUGAUUAGAGAAUAAACCAGCGGACUGCAUCGUGUCAGCAGGCUGUGACCUGGUUUGACCUCUGGGAUCGCCACACGCUGACCAUCCAACAUGCUGAAUAUCAACCAUUUCCGAUCAGAGCAGGAUCGAUGCGCCGUAACGGCCUAGUCAAUGUCCACAACCUUUCAAAACAAAUGUGAGCUGCAACUUGAAGUCGUUGCUGCUGAAAUCGGUUCUGUCAACUGAAUCAGAGACUUUAUUUCUCCUCAUGACUUUAUUUCAUGUUUUCAGUUGAAAAUGAAUGUAAAUCAUUUUUAGUUUUGGUUUAUUAAAGUAUUUCUGAUGAAAAACGCCGUUUGGACAUCCAGAGACUUUUACUUUGAAGUUUUCAUCAUGAAUGUCUAAAACUGAACAUUCCUCCUGUGUUCACUACAAGCUCCGCCCACUUCGGUUUAAUCCAGCCAAUGAGGUUUGAUCUUCGUCCUGAGCAGCUCUGCUUUCUGAGAAUGUUUGUAGAACUGAAACUCAACUGUAGAGACGGGUGGGUUACUGGGAGGACUGGGAGCACUGGGAGCACUGGGAGCCCUGGGAGCACUGGGAGCCCUGGGAGCACUGGGAGCACUGGGAGCACUGGGAGCACUGGGAGCACUGGGAGCACUGGGAGCACUGG